AUGCGAGGAAGAAGACACAAAAUCAGACCAACGAGAAAACAGGAAAGCGUUUUUUGUGCAACAAAGAAAACAGAAACUCAAUCUCUUGCUUCAAGCUUUCCAAAAGCGAAGAUUCAUCGGAAGAUUCAAACACAAAAACAGAAAGCUUUUUUCUUGACUUGGCUUGGCAGCUUUGACAAAUUCAUACGAUUCCCUUCUUUGGAUCGGCUGCUCACAGAAUCCACUCUAGAUGCUGCAAUUCAGAGCAGAAAUCGCUUUCUCGAAGCAGCAAAAUCAGCAGCUGAUGACUCAGAAGUUGAGAAUUCUCCCAAAAAGAUUGAGUUUAGGGAUAUAUCAACUCCAAGGAAAGUGGUGGAGUGCAGGAUUUGCCAUGAUGAAGAUGAAGAUUUAAACAUGGAAACACCUUGCUCUUGUUGUGGCAGCUUAAAGUAUGCUCAUCGCAGAUGUGUGCAGAGAUGGUGCAAUGAGAAGGGUGACACCACUUGUGAGAUAUGCCACCAGCAAUUCAAGCCUGGUUACACAGCUCCACCUCCCCUUUUCCAGUUUCGGCAUAUUCCGUUGAGCUUUAGGGGGAACUGGGAAAUCUCCAGGAGGGAGUUGAAUAAUCCACAAAUCAUCGCGAUGGUCUCAACCGACCGGAAUUUCCUGCAUUCGCCUACCUAUGAUGAGUAUUCAGCUUCUACUACAAAAAUUUGGAUGUGCUGUCGUCUGAUUGCUCUGCUUUUCAUGAUUCUUCUGAUUUCAAGGCAUACUUUUCCCCUCAUACUUGGUGGAAUUAAUGAAUUUUCCUUCCCAUUGUUCUUGAUUUUGUUUGUUCGAAGCAUCGGAAUUCUUCUUCCAAUCUAUGUCAUGGCAAGAGCAGUAACUGCUUUUCAGCGCCAUCGUCAUCAACAGCAGGAGCCUCCAAGUUCAUCGAUGAAUGAAGAAACUCAACUAUCGACUACCCCUCAGCCGCAUGCUCAGAUCCUUCAUGUCAUCUAAGUAAUGGUUUAAUCAAUAUUGGCCUGUGAUCAGCAGCUUUCUUAAAUGCAUUGUGACUGCAGAAUUGUGGAGGGGUUGAAAUUAGCUUUGCAAAUAAACAAAAUUGUAGGGUCAGAGAAAUCAUGCCAAUGUACAUAGAAACAAUUAUACUUUGAAUGCAGAAUCAGGCAAAAUCAAAAGA